CUGGCUAGAGGUUUUGCUUGCUGUGAGGGCCGGAAUCCUAAAUCCACUCCCAUCAUCGCGACAGUCAGAUUUUCGCUCUUCGAUACCCCGACGAACAGCGAAAUCGUGAUCACCAACCACCUACCGCAAAGAUGGCUGACGAAUACAACGCCGAGGAGGCCGCUGAGCUCAAGAAGAAGAGAACCUUCCGCAAGUUCUCUUACAGGGGUAUCGAUCUCGAUGCUCUCCUCGACCUUGGCUCCGAUGAGCUCCGCGAUGUCGUCCACGCCCGUGCCCGUCGCAGGAUCAACCGUGGCCUCAAGCGCAAGCCCAUGGGCUUGAUCAAGAAGCUCCGCAAGGCUAAGCAGGAGGCUAAGCCCAACGAGAAGCCCGACCUCGUCAAGACCCACCUCCGUGACAUGAUCGUUGUCCCCGAGAUGAUUGGCAGCGUCAUCGGCAUCUACUCCGGCAAGGAGUUCAACCAGGUUGAGAUCAAGCCUGAGAUGGUUGGCCACUACCUCGCUGAGUUCUCUAUCUCCUACAAGCCCGUCAAGCACGGUCGCCCCGGUAUCGGUGCUACCCACUCUUCUCGUUUCAUUCCUCUCAAGUAAAUGCUCUGGGAAAUGGGUGGUACUUGCAUUUUGUCUCAAAUCAUGGGUUCGGCGAAAACGGACGCGGGUUUGCUCAUUUGGUCAUGGCAUGGACAAAUGUGCCAGGGACUAUCUUAGUUUUGACGAGAUAGUACAAACGAGUAAUGAUGAGUGCAACGUUCUAGGUGAUCACACACAUAGCUCUUGUCCGCGGAUUCCUUGACUAAGCUUUGCUGAAUGAGGAGCACAAUAAAAACAGAAUAUCCUUGAUCAUCGU